UCAGCCGGAACUAUUUGUGGGGUCGGACGCUCUUCCGGGGACGCUGUCAGCUGUGAGCACCGCACCAACUGCGAUGAGUUUUGAGUGGCCCUGGCAAUACAAUUUCCCACCGUUUUUUACACUUCAGCCCAAUGCCGACACGAGACAGAAACAGUUGGCAGCCUGGUGUUCCCUGGUGCUGUCCUACUGCCGGCAUCACAAGCUCUACACUGUGGAUGUCAUGGAAGCACAGGAAAGUCCCGUGUUCAACAACAAGAAGAUAGAACGAAAACUGUCGGUGGAAGCAAUUCAAGUUGUGUUUGAGGAGCUGAGGAAAAAAGGCAACCUGGAGUGGUUGGACAAAAAUAAGUCGCGGUGUUUAGUCAUGUGGAGACGACCGGAGGAAUGGGGGAAGCUAAUAUACCAGUGGGUGUCCAAGAAUGGCAUGAACAACUCUGUUUUUACACUUUAUGAACUCUCCAAUGGCGAUGACACAGAUGGUGAAGAGUUCCACGGUUUAGAGGACUGGAUGCUGCAGCGCUCCCUGCAGGCUUUACAAACAGAAGGAAAGGCCGAGAUCAUCACCAUGGAUGACGGAAAAGGCGUCAAGUUCUUCUAAAGCGCCGCUGGAAUCGCACUCGCACACUCCGACCGGGAAACAAAGUGAAUCUUUAGGAUGCGUCCACGUAAGGGGGCACGCGGGGUCGCGCCUCGAUGCGGAGCGGGGGUGGCUGCUGGGUCUUUAACUGUCGUUGUAGUUGCCUUUUGGUUGGCGGCCUUCUCUCUCUGGAAGAGAACCAUUGUUGUUUAUCGGGGGGGGGGGGCAUCUGAGGUGACACUGUGCUUCUAAAGUUACUACAGGUGACGUUUGUCGCCGUUUAAACAUGCAAUGAGUAUCAGGGGACUCAACACUUAUCAUGUCUGGAUAUUUUAGGGAAAAAAAACCUUUCCCCACUAGCUGUAAGUCAACUCCUUUUGUUUAGAUUUUUAAAUUCGACUAGUUCUUAGUUUUCUUGGCCAACAUGUUUACUGCGCAUCAUCAGCUCUGGACCUUGGCUCGGCUGUUCCUCUGUUCCCAGCCAGAAUUCCCAAAGAAAGCCCAGAACACAAGACCAGAGGGACUUUUUUUUUUUAUUUUUUUAAUUUCCUAAAUAAAUGCUUCCAGAGGAGGAACACCGCAGAGGCCCGAGGCAAUCUUCACUCGACGCGGCUGAGUGUGAUAAUACUGGACUUUGUGUACAGAUCGCUGUCAUCCUGUUGUCGUACUGUAGCUUCUGUGACGCUCCUGUUAUCUUUCCCUCUGUCUUUUUUCAUAUCCUUCCGGAAAAUAAAUUAAGAAUUUGUUAAAUUUGA